AUGGAGACGGUCGCACUGAUCCUCACGUGUUUCACGUUCCUCUUCUGCGAACUAAUCCCGACUAUGCUCUAUGUAUUUUUGGUGUUGACAGACUUUCGUUUGAGGGUGAAAGUUAUGGCUAGCGGAUUAUUUACGUUAAUAGAAAUCCUCAAGUACAGUUGUACCAUACUAUACAAGAAUCAAGUGCGAAACUGUUUAAAAUUCGUUGAUGAGGACUGGCAAAACGUUAUCAAUCCGAGUGAUCGUAUCUCGAUGAUCGACAGAGUCAGAAUGAGCAAACGUCUCAUUAUGAUGUGUGCCACAUUCGUGUAUUUAACUGGCAUGGCUGUCCGAAUAAUAGUACCUCUUUCAAUUGGAAAGAUCGUUAUUUCUGAAAAUAUCACUAUUAGACCACUGCCUCACGUUGCCUAUCUUGUUAUACUUGAUGUGCAGCGUAGUCCAGUUUACGAAAUCGUAUAUUUCAUACAAUUUCUAGCAGGAUUUAUAAAGUACACGAUUUCGAUUACAACUUUUAGUUUUAUGACACUUUGCGCGAUGCACUUUUGUGGGCAGUCUGACAUACUUGUAAUGUUGAUGAACGAUUUCGUGAACGAGAAUAAAUCAAAAAAUGUAAACAGAAAGUUGGCUAUUGUCGUGGAGCGUCAAAUCAGAAUAAGGAAGGUGAAAGUUAUGGCCAGCGGACUAUAUACGUUAAUAGAAAUCAUCAAAUACAGUUGUACCCUGCUUUACAAAAAUGAGGUGCGAAACUGUCUAAAAUUUGUUGAAGAAGACUGGCGAAACGUUAUAAAUCCAAGCGAUCGCAUCUCAAUGAUUGAUAGAGUCAGAACUAGCAAACGUCUGAUUAUGAUGUGCGCUAUAUUCAUGUACUUCAGCGGCAUGGGUUUUCGAAUAAUAAUACCUCUGUCAACAGGAAAGAUCAUUACUUCUGAAAAUAUCACUAUCAGACCACUACCUCACGUUGCCUAUCUCGUUAUACUUGACGUGCAAAGUAGUCCAGUUUACGAAAUCGUGUAUUUUAUACAAUUUCUAUCAGGGCUUAUAAAGUAUACAAUUACGGUAACAACAUUUGGUUUUAUGACACUUUGUGCGAUGCAUUUCUGUGCGCAAUCAGACAUACUUGUGACUUUAAUGAACGAUUUCGUGAACGAGAAUCAACCGAAAGACUUGAACAAGAGAUUGGCUAUUGUCGUGGAGCGGCAAAUCAGAAUAAGAAAUUUCUUACAAUUGGUACAGAGUACUAUUCAGUAUACAAGUUUAAUACAAAUCAUGGGAUCUACGGUGAUGAUAUGCUUAGUAGGAUAUUACGUUAUCAUGGUGCGCAAAAACUUUCGUUUGAGAUUGAAAGUCAUGGCCAGCGGGAUAUUUACAAUAAUAGAAAUUAUUAAGUACAGCUAUGCUGUACUUUACAAGAGUCAAGUGAAAAACUGUCUAAUAUUGGUUGAUGAAGAUUGGCGAAACGUCAUCAAUCCGAAUGAUCGCAUUUCGAUGAUCGACAGAGUUAGAACUAGCAAACGUCUAAUUGUAAUAUGUGCCAUAAUCGUGUAUGUGACUGGAAUGGCUGUCCGAAUGAUCAUUCCAUUGUCAGUGGGGAAGAUCGUUACUUCUCAAAAUAUCACUAUUAGACCACUACCUCACGUUGCCUAUCUCGUUAUAUUUGACGUGCAACAUAGUCCAGUUUAUGAAAUCGUAUAUUUUGUACAAUUUCUAGCAGGACUUAUAAAGUACACGAUUACAGUGACAACUUUUGGUUUUAUGACACUUUGCGCGAUGCAUUUUUGCGCGCAGUCAGAUAUACUUAUGACGUUAAUGAAUAAUUUCGUGAAUGAGAAUCAACCGGAAAAUUUGAACACGAGAUUGGCAACUGUAGUAGAGCAUCAAAUCAGAAUAAGGAAUUUCUUACAAUUGGUGCAGAGUACCACUCAGUAUCCAAGUUUAAUAGAAAUCUUGGGAUCUACGGUCUUAUUAUGUUUCGCAGGAUAUUACAUUAUCAUGGAAUGGGAAGAUCACAAUGUUAUUCGUCUGUGUGCAUAUAUCAGUGUAUUAAUAAUGUUCUGUUUCAACAUAUUUAUCUACUGCUACAUGGGCGAGCAAAUCAUCGAGCAAAACGUUUGGCAAUGUAGCUAA